AUGAGGAAAUUGUCUCAGGAUAUUUGGCUUAGGAAAUUCCCUCAGGAUAUUUGGCUUAGGAUAUUUGGCUUAGGAAAUUAUCUCAGGAUAUUUGGCUUUGGCUUAGAAUAUGGAAAUUGUCUCAGGAUAUUUGGCUUAGGAUAUUCCCUCAGGAUAUUUGGCUUAGGAAAUUGUCUCAGGAUAUUUGGCUUAGGAUAUUCCCUCAGGAUAUUUGGCUUAGGAUAUUUGGCUUAG